AUGGCGACUUUCGGGCCUACGGUUCGAAAUGAGGCUCCACCAAAUCUGUGGAAAGAGAAUCUUGCCGCACGGUUAAUCUGCCCUGAGUGCAAGGAGAAUCCUCCGAACCUGCGAACGCCUGACUCUCAUGAAACGAUCUGUGGCUCCUGUGGCCUUGUCCUCGCAGAUCGAGAGAUUGAUCAACAUUCCGAAUGGCGUACGUUCUCGAACGACGACCAAAACAAUGAUGAUCCAUCUCGUGUUGGAGACGCUGCCAACCCUCUAUUGAAUGGGAAUCAGCUUGAAACCCAAAUCUCGUACGGGCAAGGUGGUGCCAAAACACGCGAGUUGCAUCGUGCGCAAAAUAAGAUGUCUAGUGAGAAAACCAACCGAGCUUUGUUGGCUGCUUACAAGGAGAUUGGCGCACUCUGCGACGGGUUCAAUAUUCAAAAGAACGUUGCGGACACUGCCAAGUAUCUUUUCAAAAUCGUAGAUGAUGCGAAGGCAUUUAAGGGCAAAUCCCAAGACGUCAUUAUUGCCGGAUGCAUUUUCAUUGCCUGUCGUCAGUGCAAGGUUCCACGUACGUUCACAGAGAUCUUCGCCUUGACACGAGUGUCCAAGAAAGAGAUCGGAAGGAUUUAUAAGACGUUGGAGAAGUUCUUCACUGCGCAGAACAUGGAGAGGAUUAACUCCGUUGUUUCUAGUGGAGGAGUCCCAGACCCCAAUGAAACCUAUACUGCGACUACCUCCACGAAACCAAGUGACCUUUGCAGCCGUUUCUGCAAUCUGCUUGACCUACCAUUCCAGGUUACAACUGUAUCAUCUGCACUUGCUGACCGGGUUACCUCAAUGGGUGACCUCGCGGGUCGCUCUCCGUUGUCCAUCGUGGCUGCUUCCAUCUAUAUGGCGUCGUUCUUGAUGGGCCAGGGCAAGUCGGCGAAAGAAAUCUCUGCUGUUGCCCAUGUUAGUGAUGGCACGAUCCGUGGCGCGUACAAGCAACUUUACGCCGAGAGGGAGCGAUUGAUCCACCCUUCUUGGAUCAAGGAUGGCAAAGGCGACAUGAAAAAUCUCCCACCAACCUAA